AUGCCAUCGGCCACAGCGUCUGGCGCUGACACUGGUGGCUCUGCGACAUCUCGUGACCACAGCCAAGGCAACCAGGACCGCAAAUAUACACCAGACCAAAAGGCGGCCGUGCUCCGGAUACGAAAAUGCACUGCGACGGCGUUCUACGAGAUUUUAUCAGUGGAGAAGACAGCGACGGACGGCGAAAUCAAGAAGGCAUACCGGAAACUGAGUUUGGUGACGCAUCCCGAUAAGAACGGGUAUGAGGGGGCGGACGAGGCGUUCAAAAUGGUGUCUCGCGCUUUCCAGGUUCUGUCGGAUUCGGACAAAAGGUCCAAGUAUGAUAGGUUUGGUGGUGAUCCAGAUAGCAGGUUCCAGCCGAGUGCUGGCCCUGCCGGUGCGUCGCCUUUCGGCGGCGGAUUUGGUGGAGGUGGUUUCCCUCGUGGAGGCGCAGCGUUUGACGACGAGAUAUCCCCCGAAGAGUUGUUCAAUCGGUUCUUUAACGGUGGUCUCGGCGGUGGGUUUGGUCCAUUUGGUGGUCCGCAGUUCGUUUUCAACAUGGGAGGCGGCCCCGGAUUUAGAGUUCAUCAAUUCGGGGGCGCUCGGCCGCGAAGACGGCCUCGCGAUGCCGAUGCACAAUCCGAGCCCACACCCUCUUUAGGUGCUACAUUCCGACAGCUCUUGCCUCUUAUCCUCCUCUUCGUCCUCCCCUUACUCUCUUCCCUCUUCUCUGGUAGCGCUACUUCCUCCACGCCGCAAUAUCGAUUCGACCCCGUACCUCCUCAUACUAUGAAGCGAACAACGCCAGAUAUCCAAAUAGAUUACUUCCUCAACCCGAAAGACGUCUCCGAUUUCAGCUCUCGAGAAUUCCGUAACAUGGACAAGAAGGUGGAGGUAGACCAUGUUAACAAGCUCAGAUUUGAGUGCGACAGUGAAAUUCACGCUCGCGAGCGGAUGAUUCAGGACGCCCAGGGCUGGUUCUUCCCAGAUGUAGAGAAGAUGAAAGCGGCUAGAGCGAUGGAGAUGAAGGGUUGUCAGCAAUUUGAGAAACUUACGAAGCUGAGGAGAAAGUAUUAG